CAACAACCCAGCAAAAUAUGUCAACUUCAAUAGCCGCUCCUGGCUCACCAUCAAAGUCUACCAGUACACUUCAAAGAUCUAAUGCAAUGACCACAUCUAUGGCCUAUCAUCAAAGGGAAAAAUCCAUCCCUGGCUCAGAUUGUGGUCGAUCUAUGUUCGUCAAACCUCCGCCACAAUCACCACGUCAUGAUCGGGUCAGUACGCCUCCAUCACCAGGUAAGGAGAACUACCCAUUACCAGCAGAGAACGGAAAGAGGGCAUUAUACGGCAAUGCAUUUGAAACCGCACGUUCGCCAUCUCCCUCAAAGGCCAAACCGGCUAAAGCCAGGGCUAGAAGUGUUUCACCAAGUAAAGGAAUGCGUUUAUUGGGCAAGGGAAAGUCAAAUGCUAGUCAAGAACAAGAAUCUAAACCCCGCGAUUUACGACAAAUCGAUCAUGAAUAUGUAGAAAUGCUGAAUGAGAUGCAAGUACCAGCAACACUUAUGCACAAGCUCAUGACAUUGGAUGCAAAAGUGAAAGAAUCCAUGUUGAAAGGACAGGCGACAUUGAAUUUGGCCUCAUUGAGCGCUGCUUCGAACGGCAAAGCAAGAAAUGCGAUCCCAGAUAAAUUCAUGCGAAGCAAGAGUAGCGUAAACCUUCAGGCAAGUGCUGACGAAGAAUUCGAGAGACGUCUGCCAUUCAGCAAUCAAAGUCGUUCUGCCUCAGGGGAAUCGAGUAGUUCAGCAGGAACGACAGGUGCUCCAUUCUCAUCUUCUGGUGCCAGAAAUGGAAUCGGAAUGCAUAACAAUCCUUCUUCCACUUCUUUGGUCAGUAUGCGAUCACGUUCUGCAAGUUUCAGUAAGGAUUCAAGUGCAGGAAUUAUGACUGCUCCAUACUAUGCAACAAUGCUAAAAGCAACCGAUUCUUCAAGAUUGGAAGUUGCCAAGGUGAAAAAGAUGCGUGCUGUUUUAUCAUCAGAAAGUCCUGCUUGGCUGGGAGAGUUCUUUGAAGAAGGCGGAUACAGUGCAAUGCUGUUCAGACUACGGGAAUUACUGGAAAUGGAAUGGAGAGAAGAACAACAUGACGAUCAACUGUUACACGAAUUGUUACGCUGUUUUGUUGCAUUGACUUCUACAGAAUGCGGUAGACAAGCAUUAUCUUCCACCUCCCCGGCUCCCUAUGCUGAUUUGGCAGAUUUGCUCUUCUCGGAAAAGCGUCCUGGUGAACUUUCAACGAGAAAGCUAUUGGUCGAGCUGCUAAUGAUCUUGCCUGAUCUUCCCAUACCAAGCGAAGAGCUCCACAAAAGCGUUUCUGGCGUUUCUUCAACUCGUGUGACAUCUUCAUUGUUGAAUUGCAUGGCCGAGAAUGGAAAGUCGUCCCUACAUUUCACCUUACUCGUCACCUUAUUGCACAACGCACGCGAUCCGAGCAAGGAAGCCAUUGUGGAUUUCAUUUCGGCAACGCAUACGCCUCGACCAUUCAAAGGAUGGGUGACUGAAUUGUUGAAUGUGAACAGAGACUACUUUUGGGUCUUUUGUCAUUCAUCCAAUCGAUUUUGGGCAUUGCAAGAUGUAAACAUCGAUGAAGCUCAAGCGCCCAAAGUGCCAGGUGGAAUGACGGGUGGGGUAGAGUUUGAAGCGAUGUCCUACCUGACUUCUCAAGUACGAUUGAUCAAUUUGGUAGCACGUAGAUUGCUUAAAGUCGAAAAUGCCGCUCAUGAUUUCCACUGUCUGCUAUUUGCUUCCGGUAUUGAACGAUUAUUGGCAAUCACUCGAAAAGCAUCGCAAACGUAUUAUCAACAAUUACAUUUGGAACUUGCAAGAUAUUUCGAUCUGGCAAGAAAGGCAGGAUUCCGUUUGCCUGUGGAAUUGGAAGCAUGGCAAAGUGUACCACAAUUGCUUCCGGUAACUUCAUUGAUGUCUUCUGAACGAACAUUCAAGUCCUCCACAGAAUUCAAGCAACCUCCAAAUCCUCCUCAGAAAGCACCAAGUCCACCCCUUGCACUUCCUGAUCUAGGUGCACCUUUAUUCAAUCCACAUGGUAAUCAACAAGUUUCGGGUGGCACAUUGGUAGGAGAUGCGGUAAAGCGAUGGGAACAAAGAACGACAAAGACACAACAAAAACAACAAUCACAAGAUCAAAAAUAUGUUUGGUCACCACCUCAAGAGUGGUCGUGAUAAAGAAGUAUGCAUAAUCCCCUUUCUCUUUUUUUGUUUAAUGUACAGUACGAAAUCAAAUAAAAAGUGUAUAUGAUUCGCAUUCACCUCAAUCAACUUCUUCUUUUUU